CCCGCUGUCACCCAGCGUGCGUUUAGUCUUGCACUUCAGUCAUGCUGUGUACUCCCAGCACGAAGUUACAACGCUUACCGAGACGAACUCCUUAAGAGUUUUUUUUUAUUAAAACUUUAACGUGGUCGAACGCCUUUGUGAAAUCCGCGAAUAAUGCGGUCAUCGCGGUGAUACAAACUGAACAGUGACUGAAAUUUUUGGUGAUUUAUUGGUUUAUUACGGUGAUUUUGUUAAAAUGAUUAACGCAUUUAUGGAUGGAGGGCAUCACCAUUUGAGCGCCUACGGACUGAAAAUGUCCCCGACUCAUAACGGUGGUGCGGCCACCAUUCCGUCACCACAUCAGAACCCUGCGGCAGCCAUGACUGCUCCUGAUAUGUCCGCCAGUCAAAAUCACCACUUCCAAACUAACUAUGGACAUAUGAGUCAUUUAAAUCCUCAUCCGACGUAUGCGGCAAGGGAUUUCUUACUCAGAAGGGACCAUCACGACUUUCCCACAGCUCAAACAGCACCUAGUGAUUCAAUGUUGUUCCAUCACCACUCGGAGAUGGCCCCGCACCAUAAUUUACACCUUCCUCCUCACCAUCAAAUGCUUUAUUCCAGAACUGAUCAUCAUGCUGCUUAUCAUGCUCAACCAAACCACCAGUACAUCAACCAUCAUAGCAUGGCGAUGCCCCAUCACCCAAGUAAUAUCCACGGGGGAUUCUUUAAGUACAUGAGACCGAUCAAACAAGAGAUGCAAUGCCUCUGGAUAGAUCCAGAUCAGCCUCCGCCAAAAAAGAUCUGCGGGAAGCAUUUUACGACAAUGUCGGAGAUCGUGGGGCAUUUGGGGGUUGAGCAUGUCGGCGGUCCAGAAAUAACAAACCACGCGUGCUACUGGCAAAAUUGUGCGAGGAACGGUAGACCAUUUAAGGCGAAGUACAAAUUGGUGAAUCACAUUAGGGUGCAUACGGGGGAAAAGCCGUUCCACUGUCCGUUUCCUGGUUGUGGUAAAGUGUUCGCUAGGAGUGAGAAUUUGAAAAUUCAUAAAAGGACUCAUACAGGUGAAAAACCCUUUAAAUGCGAAUUCGAAGGCUGUGAUCGAAGGUUCGCCAACUCCUCCGACCGGAAGAAACACUCCCACGUACACACCUCCGAUAAACCUUACAACUGCCGGGUGAACGGUUGCGACAAGAGCUACACCCAUCCCUCCUCCCUAAGGAAACACAUGAAGGUGCACGGAAUGAGCGGAAGAUCACCUCCUCACUACGACUCUGACGGUGAGGAGAGCAACACUUCAAGUACCGGCAGUAUAUCGGUGGCGGUGAGUCCUCACAUGCAAAACACCGGAAGUGGAUUGCACGUGGUACCGGGUACCACGGCGAUCAGUGACUGGUAUUCGGGUUGCCAACCGACGGGACCUGGUGGACAUAGUGAUCCUUUGGGGACGCUCGGCGGACCUUUUGGAGGGUUGCACCAUGGUGCCGCCACCGCUUAUUAAGGUUUUUGUGAUUGAUUUUAGUGAAAUAGGAAUUAGUUUGGAGAGUUGCUGGUUAGGUGAAACGUAAAAGAUGUGUUACCUAAUAUAAGCACUCCAAUUAACUAUAAAGUCAAGUUGUAAUUCUAUGUGGGGUGCUUCGUCGGAAAAGUUUUAUUUUUAUGGCAAUGUCGUAGUUUAUCUUUAAAAAAUGAUUAAUACACAGUAGACAGGUGUCGCACACUUGUUCAGUAUACUAACGGGACAAGUUAAGGCUAAUCUCAAAAAUUAAGAUAACAAACGCCAGGCCUACCAAACUUAUAUAAUAUAAUUUAAAAAUGUCAAUUUGAAAAUUUCUCACUCUUAAUAUCUUUCUUGCAGUCAUAUUAAAAAUUUGUCAAUUUUCUUGUAGACAAUACCAAUUUGUGUUUUCAAACUCAACAUUUCUGAAAAACUUGAUCGACAAUCUACUCUAAUUCGCCUUUUAAGAUCAGCAAUAUCAAUAUGUUGCAUUAUAAACAAUGCCAAAUAAGCGAUUUAAGAUAUCCCCACAGAAAAACGUCUAAGGGAGUUAAAUCCGAUAAUCUUGGAGGCCAUUUAAUUGGUUCCCUCCUGCCAAUCUAUUUAUCCAGAAAUCUCUCGGUCAAUCACUGUCGGAUCGGAAAAAAUUUAUGAGGUGGACCACCGUCUUGUUGGAAUGUUAACAAAUCUUCCUGUAAAACUGAAUUACUAUCUAUACCAAUGAGAUUCUAGCUCAUGAGUGAUUACAAUAGGCAGUUAAAUAUUUGACUAAUUGUUG